AUGGUGGACGGGGCGAGUGCGACACGCCACGACAGCUUUAUUGGUACCUGUUUGUGUCGGUGGAUGCGGUCUGCGGAAGGUGCGUGUCCGCACAGCCGGCACCGCGUGCGGCGCAGGGCCAUUGCGACUGUGCGUGUGGCGCUGCUUGUUCUGUUGGCGCUGGUUGCGGCGGCGGCGUGGAUGCCCGCGGUGCAUGCGGUGGCGUUGCGACUGCGGGGCAGCACGGUGGACAGAGCCAUCACGGUGGGCCGCGCCGUGGACACGGUGCUGAUGGACGGCGUGUGCAUCACGAACGGCGUGGCUGUGGUGUUCGACGUUGCGGCGAUGCUUCCCGGCGCGCUGCGCAUCGAAGUGAGGAACUGCGUGUGCGACGGCGGUGCGCAGAUCUACGUGCGGGGCUACAGCGGCGAGCCGGCGAGUGACCGGAGCCUGGAGGUGAGCGUGAGCGGGCAGUCGGGGAGCUACUGCUCGCUCGUGUUUGUGCACAACCUGCCGGCACGCACGAACGUGACGGUCCGUGACUCGACGAUUGUGACGCCGGGACCGAUGCGCUACUCCCAGCUGAGCGGGCCGGCGGACGCGGUGGCGUCGCCGCUUGUGCUGCACGCGACGUCGCUGUUGCAGACGCAGCUGCGUGUGAGCAGCACUGUGCUGAGGUCGUUGCAGGCGGGCGGGUCGGCGGUGUACGUUGGCGGCGGUGUGGACCUGCUGUCGAGCGCGGUGGUGCUUGACGGCGUGUUGCUGGAGGCGUCGGGCGGUUCGACCGCGUCCGCGAUGCAUGUGGCGUCCUCGUCGCGUCUCAGUCUGCGGAGCCACUCGGUGUUCUCCGUGACGAACGUGUCGGUAGUGAGCAGCGGCGGCGGCAUUGUGCUUGGCGAGCGCCUCGCGGUGUUUGAUUCGGUGCUGCGCUUCGUGGGCGUCGAGGGGUCUGUCGCGUCGUCGCUGGUGCGCUGCGACGGUGGGACGGUCGGUGUCGGCGGGUGGCUGGAGCUGCGCGACGUGUGGGCGGUGGGCGAGGCGUCGUCUGUGGCGUCGCUGUCGGGUGUGACGCUGAGCGGCGGCGCCGUGUCGAUUGCUCGCUGCGCUGCCACCGGCGCGACGCUUGUCUCCGGGCUGACGAUCACGAGCGGCGCUGUGUCCGUGCAGUGCAACCGUGCGGGCGGCCGCGUGCUGCAGAGCAGCGGCGACUACCGCAUGGCCGGCCUGCCCUCCGUGAGCGUGGUGCCGUGCGACGGCUGUGCGGCAGCGCUGGCGUGCUUCGAUGCGCUGACGGCGUCGUUCUCCGACUGCGUGUGCAGCUGCCGCGCCGGCGGUGUGGGCGACGCGUGCCUGCCGUUCGACGUGCCGCCUGCGAGGGCCGGCGGCGGCGGUGCGCAGGACUGCGUGAGUGGCGUGACGCUGACGGAGUCCGUGACGGUUGGCGGCGGGCGUGCGACGGCGUGCUUCGACUCGGUGGUGUUCAGCGGGCCGAUCACUGUGGCGGUGGACCUGCGCUCGAUGGACUUGUCCGCUGACGCGCUGAACGUGACGCUGCGCCACUGUGUGCUUGUGGGCGGCGCGCAGCUGCGGAUUGGCGGCCUCAGCGAGAGCACGGCGCGCCUGGUUCCGCACGCCCUCGUCAACAUGACGAAUGUGACGUCGCUGGAGGGCACGAUUGUGCUGCAUGGCACGAUGCCGCUGCACUCGAGUGUGCUGCUGGCGAACUCAACGCUGCGCGCGACGGUUGGCGGGUCGCAGUACGUGCCGACGACCCGUGGCCAUGCGGGGUCCCGGUACGGCCCCGCGCUUGUCCUGGACGGUGUCCGGCUUCUGUCGACGCGGUUUGUCAUGACGCGGUCUACGCUGGUGUGUGGCGGGGGUUCGUGCGCUGCGAUCCUUGUGGAGCGCGACCUCGUGGCGAACCUGUCCAGCGUCUUCUACAUGGACAACUGUGCUGUCCUGUCGCAGUCGCACGUGAUGUACGCUCUUGCGUCGGACCUGCGUGUCAGCGGCGGCUCCGUGUUCUCCAUACAGAACAGCUCUUGGAGUGCGCCGAGCAUUGGCUUCUACGAAGGUGCGUGUGUGUUUGGGGACGUUGCGGUGGAUGGCGGCAGCGUGCUGCAGGUUGUGUCCAGCGAGUUCCGUCUCGGCUUUGCCAUGCUCAUGGCAACCACGCUGACUGUGACUGGUGGAAGCUGGCUGGUGCAUCGCGACAACGAGUUCCGCACCGCCUACGUUGUGUACGUAGCCAACGAGAACGGCGUGGUGUUCCGCGAUCGGAGUGUGUGGUCGAUAAUUGACAACAGCUUUAAAUACGGCUUUUACUCGGUCUUAACAUACAUGAUCAGCAACUGGUCGCCACCAUCCGACUCUCGCCCGAUCAUCUACGGCGUGUGCAACAAGGUAAAGAGAUCUCCUGUGACGAAUUACCAAGACGACCUCAAUAUCGGAGCACCCGUGACGGCACUGGACUGUGGUGCGUGCACCGUGGACGCCGUGUGCUUUGCUGCGAGGACGAGCAGCAUCCGCGGCUGUGAGUGUGUGUGCGCUGCUGGCGGCUACGGUGACACGUGUCUGCAAGCUGCGGUUCCGGACGGCCUUGGGCCGCUCCCGCUCUCAGAUGCGAAGGACACGGAGGUCCGCUGCGUGCACGGUGGCAGCAUCAGCUCUGUGAACUAUCUUGAUCCCGGUGUGCGUGGUCUGUGCUUCGUCAACGUGACCUUCACCGCCGCGAUCGUGCUGGACCUGUUGUAUUUUGCCGCACCAGAGCAGACACUCAACAUCACGCUGCUGCAGUGCGUCCUUAUGGGCCUGUCGAUCAGGGGGAGUGGUGCAUGCGUGCACGUGAACGUGACAUCCUCGAUGCUGGAUUCUGGUGCAUUGGAGUUUGAGGGUGAUUUUGGCGCGACCUCCCAGAUACUGGUGGUUGGCAGUACGCUUUUGAUGAGGUCUCGCCACGCCGUUCAAUUCCAGAGGUUUUCUCUUGGUGCGAACUCGACGCUGCUGUUGCUCGACAACCUCAUUGAAGGGGAAAGUUACGCAGUCCGUUUAUCCUUUGUUGUUGUUGAUGGUGGCGGGAUCAUUAUGAAGGGAAAUACGCUGAGGGGGGCGGAGGAGGAAUUUCCGUUGGAAUCCGCUGUUUUUUUUGAAUCUGCUAUUUUAAAGAACGACGGCUACUUUGACGUGGAGAACAACACGAUGAGCGCAGUUAGUGGCAUUCAUUUUUAUGGGGACAUCAUCGUAAGCUCCGCUGGGCUGUUGCGAGUGGCGGACUGUACCUUUGCUGGCAUCACACUGUUUUUUGAACCUGCGCUGGUGCAUUUGGACGGCUUGGUGACACUCGAGGAUGGUGCGCAGUGGCGUGUGGAGGGCAACAACGUAAGUGCAGCCUCAGUAAUGGGUAUGCCAAAAUCCCUGUACAAAAUGAGGCUGUUGGGCAGCGGCACUGCCGUGGCACUUGCACACAACCGUCUGGUGGACGAUAGCUGUCCUUUUGUUAAAAUGGCUCUGUCGAACAUGAUUGUGGUUUCACCCGCGCGGUUGGUCGUUGGGUGCAACCUGCAGGGCGAUGAGGAGGUGUUGUACGACGGCGUGUUUCCGGAGGGCGUGGUGGUGUUUGGGUGCGGCACAUGCAACGACGACGCGGCGUGCUACAUGCCCGGGACGGAGUCGGUGGAUCGCGGCUCGUGCUCGUGCAGCUGCAAGGACGGAUGGCAUGGCGCGUCGUGUCUUCCCUUCGAGGUGCCCGACACGGUUGUGCCGCCCUUGCCGGAGAGAGCCGUCGACGGCGACACGAGCUGCGUGGUGAACCAGACGCUGAAGAACCUCACGCUGAACAUGUGGAAGACGCACCACUGCUACGUGGGUGUGACAUUCAGCGGCGUGGGAGCUGUGCUGACGUUCUCCCUUAACAGUAUGCCGCUGCAUCUCCCCAUCAACAUCACGCUCACUGGGUGCACAUUCCACGAGGGUGCUGCGCUGCAGUUUGUUGGGGGUGCUGAGGCGGUCGAGUCAGCCGGCGUCCUGAUCCGCGUGAGCCAGACGGUGAUGCGGUCCUCUGUCGUUAUUUUUGCACUCGCCCUCCCGCAGCACUGCGACAUCGCCGUCACGGAGGUUGACGCGGUACAGUCCUCCGCGGUACAGUUGCUGGAAUCUGUGAACAACUUGUGGAGCGUUAUGAUGCUGAGGGACGUCGUGUUGAGUGUGUCCUCGCUGCUGGUCAGCAACGUCAAAGCGUGUGCAUUUGGUUACGUUGCGUUUGGUUUGUACUCUAUUGGGACACUGACGCUGGUGGGCGGCAGCUCGUUUUACGCGCGGUACUGCAGCCUUGAUGGGUACGAACACCUGUUUUACGUGAAAAUCCUCAGUGUCAGUGAUCGCUCUGUUUUUGCGCUGCUCAACAAUACGAUGGACUCCGGGACAAGCUUCUUGUAUCAGAAGCAAAUCUUUAGCGUGUCGAAUCACAGCGUGCUGCGCGUGGUGGGGAACAGCGGUUCCGUGUCCUACGCCAUCUAUUCACUAAGCUUUUUUACCGUCCAGCGGUCAAUCUGGUUGGAUUGGCGAGACAACGACGUGGGAUUGGGAGCGAUUUUCAAAGUAUGGGAUUCUGCUUUUGUGAGCAUUGACGGCAG